GCCACCCUUUUAAAAAACAUUUUAUUUUUCAGCAAAUCCCAAACCCUAAAAAAUAAAAUUAACAAAGAACUUUCUUCCCCUACAUCUCUGUCCCAAUUUUAUUGAUUUUCAAACCCUAAAUCGAUCCGGGAAAAAAAAAUCUAAAUUCUUCUGAGAAUCCGCCAUGUCUGGUCGCGGAGGCAGGGACAGAUCGCGGCGUGACCAUCCGCCGUCGGGGAUUUCAAGUCGGGCUAAUGCGCCUCCUUCGAGACACCUUUGGGUAGGGAAUCUAUCGCACAGUAUAUUAGAGCCGGACCUCACAGACCACUUCUUGCAGUUUGGCGAACUAGAGAGCGUGGCAUUCCAGCCUGGUCGAAGCUACGCUUUUAUCAAUUUCAUGAACGAAGAAGAAGCUAUUUCCGCCAUGAAGGCGCUCCAAGGUUUUCCCGUAGCGGGGAAUCCGCUUAGGAUUGAGUUUGCCAAGGCGGAUAAGUCAUCAACACCAUCACGUGAUGAGGACUACUUGCCACGAUUAGAUGAGCAACGUUCUAAAGUAAGAGGGUCACCUUUCUCACCAAGGGACAAUAGAGCACGUCGUGGUAGUCCUGAACAUUUUUCCCUUGACAAAUCAAAGGUGAAUGAUAGAAGUGGUGAUCCUAGUGAGGUCCUAUGGAUAGGAUUUCCAGCUUUAUUGAAAGUGGAUGAAGGGAUUUUGAGGAAGGCUUUCUCCCCCUUCGGUGAGAUAGAGAAGAUUACUGUGUUUCCAGGACGUAGUUAUGCAUUUGUUCGCUUUAGGCGUUUAUCGUCAGCUUGCAGGGCAAAAGAAACUCUUCAGGGGAAGUUAUUUGGGAAUCCUCGUGUGCACAUUUGUUUCGCAAAGAGUGAGGGUGGAUCAUCCAACAGUGGAAGGGUCUCAGUAAAUGCCCCCAACUCUCCACGUUUCAGGUCAAAUGGUCGCUUGGGGUCUUCUGAGAACUUUCUGCAUGACAGGAGUUUUGCAGAAACAGAAGAUGCAAGUAUCAGAUCUCCUUAUAUGUCAAAUUACGAUUCUGGUGAUGUUGAUGUCUAUAGUUUCAAGAGGAAAGGUAGUUCAUGGAGUGGUGGAAGCACAUAUGAACCCUGGAGGUUUGGGGAAGGGGAGCCUGAUCCUCGAGUACCACAAGAUAUGUAUGAACAUAGUAAAAGUCCAAUGAGGUACCAUGAUUAUCCUCCAAAAUUACCUCAGAAAAGUGCAUUCUAUGAAGAGCCUUGGGAUAUGCCUGAAGACCAUUAUCACGUCCAUGGAGCCAAGAAAUUGAGAACUGGUUCCUUUCCACCUGAGAAAGAGCUACCAGAGUACUCUUUAUCUGAUCUUGAACAAGAAAAACGUGCUUUUCCAAGGAUGCUCUCUGAUGUUCCUCAACCUGAAGCCUUUGAUAAGAACUUUGAACCUGCAGCUUUGGGGUGUAAACAGAUCCCGGAUCGUCCAACAAGUUUCACUCCAACUCGUGGAGAAAGGAAUGAUCACUGGAAACCAUCUUACGAUGGUUUUCCUGUAGAUUCUGGUUCUCUACAAUCAAACAUAGUUGAGAGGAAAAGAUUUACUCAGGAGAUGGAUCAGCCAUCUUUGAAAGAGUGGAAAUGGGAGGGGACAAUAGCCAAGGGUGGAACACCCGUUUGUCGUGCUCGCUGCUUUCCUGUUGGAAAAGUCCUCGACAUGAUGCUGCCUGAAUUCUUAGAUUGCACAGCAAGGACAGGUUUAGACAUGCUCGCAAAGCAUUAUUAUCAAGCAUCUAGUGCUUGGGUUGUUUUUUUUGUUCCUGAAAGUGAUGCCGACAUGGGAUUCUAUAACGAAUUCAUGAAUUACUUGGGAGAGAAGCAGCGAGCGGCUGUUGCUAAAUUAGAUGAUAUGACAACUUUGUUUCUUGUACCUCCAUCAGAUUUUUCCGAGAAAGUACUGAAAGUACCUGGGAAACUGAGCAUUUCAGGUGUUGUUUUGAGAUUAGAGCAUUCUGGUUCCACUCUCGGUUCUGGACAUCUGAAUGAAAGAAGUGAUGCAAACUCGUUACCUUUUCAUGGUGAUGCAUCUUAUGCAAAGCCAUCAACAGCUUCAGGGUCAUUUCCUUCUAUGACAUAUCCUGAAUUAAGUAGGCAAGGAAUUAAAGACAUCUCCUAUCCAGGGAAUGUGGCCACAUCAACUCCACCUGUUUCACUUUCCGCAUCUGCUCAUUCGGUUGGAAAUAUAUCGGACAUGUAUAAUGAACAGAGGCGUGAUUAUGCACCCGAGCAAAACGCUAUGUUUGGAGCAGGCUGGUCUUCUCAUGAUCAGCAGCAUCCAGUUUCUGUCACCAGAAAUGCUCCCUCUCAAGUUCCCAGCUUUGAUCCGGCAAUUCAAGGGAAUCAAUCAUUUAUGCCAAGAGCAGUGCAAGAAACAUAUACUGGUACCGCUGGAAGUUCUGGUAUUCCUUUACCUGGAAAUAGCAAGACAUCUAUGCUCGAAUUCAAAUCUUCAGUCCCUUUAUCAAUGCCGAGUAGUGCCCUUCAACCGGAACAAUUAGCACAACUAGCAUCAUCUCUUAUUGGGCAACAAGGACAGGUUGGGAAUGCUCCAAAUGCAUCAAUGGGGGAGAGUUUUCGACAUGCAAACACAAUGGACCACUCCGACAUGAUGAGACAAUCACAGGGAUACGGUUUACAGAAUAACCAGCCUGUUCCGGAGCUUUCAACAUCUCAGUAUUCUCAACUGCAACAGUUACAACAGCAGCAGACAUCAAAUUCAGCUGCAGCAAUCUCUCAAGCACCUCAAAGAAGUCAGCAACUGCAAGGUACCGGCCUACCGGAAGAAGGUGAUGGCGAUCCGCAGAAACGCUUGCAAGCAACAUUACAAUUGGCAGCAGCUCUUCUUCAACAAAUUCAACAAGGGAAAGGGACUUGAACUGCUGUGGGAUUCAACUUCGAUACGUUGGGUAAAAUUUAUUACUUUUAACAACUAGCUUCAUGAAAUUUCACCUUGUUUUGUAUUCUAUGGUUCGAUUCACAGUCUUCCGAAGGAUUCAGCUGAUCAUCUCAGUUUUUAGCACUGUGCUUAAGGGAUUUCAUUCUCAGAUACUUGAAUUGCUAUACGUUCUUAGAAAUGUUAGUGAUGAAGCCUACUUAAAUAUGUAUUCCUGUUUUACUUGAGUAACAACUUGUAAUCCUGCCAUGUUGAUAGCUACCUUCAAUCCGCUAAAUAACUGAUUUUUUU